AGUUGAAAUUCUUCAAAAUUUUGAAACAUUUUGAAUGUGGUUUUGGCUCAUUCGGUCAAUCUCCGUGCCUGCUAGGGAUUCAAGUUCAGCUUGGAGAACAAUAAUAGAGAGGAACCCAAACAAAGCGGCACCGCUCGAUCUCUUCCGCCCCAUCGGAAACUCCGCGUCGCUGACCUCUUUUCCCUCGUCGGAUCCACCUUCUUCCACUCCAUUCAGUCCGGCGUCCCUCUUCCUCUGCUCGCCGCUUCGGAUGGACGGCGGCGGGGAGGAGACCGGCUUCGAGGUUGCCAUCGUCGUGCCCAAAAACUGCGGUAAGGAGAGGGACGAUUGCGUCGAGUUCCUCGUUUGGGAAUUGAAGACCGCCGGGUUGAUCGUCGAGCGAGUGCGCGGGAUCUCCGAUGAAUUCAUAAAGCUGGCAGCACCAAUAGAGAUAUUGGGAAGAGUCGCAGCUGAGUUGCAAAUGCAAAAGUUGACGUACAUUGGGUUGGAAUUGAGAUUCCAGUGGGAUGAAGUUACUGCAUUUGUCACACAGCCGGACGGAUCUUUGUUCAGCUGGUGUGAGCGGUUUCGUUGUUUCCAUCACUUGAUUUAUGGAAUUGUCAACAACACAGAUUCAGAUUUAACAUUGCGGUUUGGCGGGAAAGAAUUGCAAUAUAGAAGGAAUGAAUCACUAUUAAAAAUGAUGGAAGCUGAAGGGAUUGUAAAGCAAGUCUUUCCUACACAUGAUGAAACAAAGAGGAAACAACUCUUGAGAACUUGGGCUCUUAAUUGGUUGGACUUCACUUGGCAGCCAAUAGAUGAAAUUUAUUCUUAUUUUGGGACUAAGAUUGCUACAUAUUUUUCCUUCCUUGGUAUGUAUACCCGUUGGUUGUUUUUCCCAGCCACACUUGGUCUUGGCUUGCAGUUGGUUGACAUUGGACCCUUGCAGCCACUUGUGCUUCCUGCUUUCUUCAUUUUUGUCAUCAUAUGGGCUGCUCUUUUCUUCCAGUUUUGGAAGCGUAAGAAUUCGGCACUUUUGGCCAGUUGGGGUAUUAACUAUACACUAUCUGAGUACAAAGCUUUACAGACUGAGCAGGGUUCCUUGCAUAUUGACAAAGAUUCUGAAAAUAAAAUUGAAAAUGAUAAACCAAUUGAGAAAAAAAUCUUACAGAGGGAUGAGUGGAUUGGACUUCUUCUCAAGAUAAGAAAUAAUGCAAUCAUAGUGUUGGCUAUUGUUUGCCUUCAGUUGCCAUUUGAAUUGGCUUAUGCUUAUUUCUAUGAGGUCACAGAAUCUGACGUAAUGAGGUAUGCGCUAACUGCAGCUUAUCUCUUGGCAAUUCAAUUCUAUACAAGAGUCGGCGGCAAGGUAUCUGUUAUUCUCAUCAAAUAUGAGAAAAAUCAAGGAGAGGAAUCAAGCGCUGCCAGUUUAGUUUACAAGGUUUUUGGUCUCUAUUUUGUGCAGUCAUAUAUUGGGCUGUUUUAUCACGCACUCUUGCAUAGAAAUCUUUUGACUCUUCGACAGAUUCUGAUUCAGCGACUCAUCGUCUCUCAGAUUCUGGAAAACAUGAUUGAGAAUUCCAUUCCCUUCCUCAAGUACACCUACAAAAAAUAUAGGGCUAUCCACAAGAAAAAAAAACAUGAUAAAGGAUCAUCACCAGCAAGGUCGAUUCACCUUGCUACGAGGGUGGAGAAAGAAUUUUUGAAGCCUUCUUACACUGCGAGCAUUGGCGAGGAGCUUGAAGAUGGCUUAUUCGAUGAUUUCCUGGAGUUGGCCUUGCAGUUUGGAAUGAUUAUGAUGUUUGCUUGUGCAUUUCCUCUAGUAUUCUGCUUUGCUACUCUUACCAAUGUCACUGAGAUCAGAGCAGAUGCUUUAAAACUCAUUGUUAUGUACCAGAGGCCAAUUCCUCGUGCUGCAGCAACCAUUGGAGCUUGGUUAAACAUUUUUCAGUUUCUGAUUGUGAUGUCAAUCUGUACCAACUGUGUAUUGCUCGUUUGCUUGUAUGAUCAAGAGGGCAAGUGGAAAAUUGAGCCUGGGCUCGCUGCUAUCUUGAUAAUGGAGCAUGCUCUUCUUCUAAUCAAAUUUGGGUUCUCUCAUUUUGUGCCGGAGGAACCAGCUUGGGUGAGAGCAAAUCGCAUGAGAAAUGUAGUCCAGGCAAGGGAUGUGUACUCUAAGCAACUUUUAAGGAGCAUCUCCACCAUAGAGAGGAAGCAACAAUGAGGAUAUAGAAAAGAUUAUAUACACCUUUUUUUUUCUUGGAUAUGAGCUUGUCUUUUUGAUUGUUUUUUUAUUUUUGUUUUUGUUUUUAAAUUUGUUCAAGGACUCUGUAGGAAAUGUUUUCCUUUCAUACACGAAUUUUUCCAUGA